AUGGCCGACACUACAGCUUCGACGUCCAAGCUGACGAUGGACUCGAGCGUGCCCGAACGGCACCGCGUCUCGGUGUCGUACUCGUGCUUGCCCAGUCUGUCCGACUACGAGCCCAUCCGCGCCGAUGUCCAACGCCAAUCCCCACUUCGCAACUUGCAUUGGGUGCGCAAGACGGGGGCGAACCGAUCCGUGCGUACGAUCCAGUCGCUGCCUAUCGUAUGGCGGCCGUUGGACUCGAACAGCGAUCUGCAGGCGCUCAGUCUGCUCGAACGGCCCUAUUUGCAUGUCCUCUUUGUCGCCUGCGAGGUCAGUUCCGAUGCAACCGCAAUUGACCGCAAUUCGAAUCAUAUCAAUCUGAUCAAGGACGCCCCCUUUACAGGACAAUGAAACCUACAGAGCGACGCUAAGACCUCAAAUCCGGGAAUGGCUCGACACGAUCCAAGGGCCUCGACUGGGCCCGAACCAGGAGUGGCUCAUCGUGCACGUCACCACCGCUCGCAGCUCGAUGGCCAAGUUCUACCAACGCAAGAGUGCCGUCGUCGAUAAGAUCAAGGCCGAUUUCAACACGGGCAAGAAGGAUAGGUCAGUGGGCAGGAGCGUGCUCGGUCUUAUUCGGCAGACCCCCACAUCGCUCACCUCUUCAAAAUCCUUCUGGGAAUCCUUCUGACCGCCAGAUGCAUCCAAGUAGGCGCCUCGGCGGACGAUCCAACAGCAUGGGCAGAGUUCUCCAACAAGGUCAAAGAAGGUGUUCUCACGACCUUUGACACCAAUGUGUCCCUCUACGAGGAGAACGUGCGCAAGGCCGACAGUCAACGCCAAUUGGAAGGCUGGCAGUUCCAGCCCUUUUUCCUACAAAAGGUGCGGAACAACAACGGCAGCGGUACCAUCUAGCAUUAGCAUUGGAAGGACUGAUUGAACAAGUCUCGUCCUCACAGGAAGUGCUGGCGGACUCGUUCGAAGCGAUCGGCCUGCUCGAGGAUGCCCUUAUUCAAUAUGACGAACUCGAAGCCGCCUUUUUCCAAGCGCUCAAAAGUCGGUUCGAAAGUUUUCGAUGACCACGAGAUUUUUUUGAUUUUUUUUUGCUGAUCCGGCAUUUUGAUCCCACGUAGCUCACGACAUGGCUUGGUUUGGUGCCGUCGGAGGCCUUACUUCGGGCGACGAUACCUUGCCACUCCUGUCGACGACCAACAAGCCGUACCGGAGCCUCAUCCAGGCCAACAAGAUCACUAUGUUUGAUUUCCGGAUCUACAUAUUCGCCCGUCAGGCUUCGUUGCUCUCUCGGCUGGGAAGGAUCGCGGAGCUGGCUAGACGAGGAGCGGUGUUCGUGUCAACGUUUGCGAGGACACUAAGGGAGCAUCAGGCGAGUUAUCCCUUUCAUUCGCACAAUGGCGUCACGCGAAAGCUGAACCGGCACCACGCCUGUAGAACACACUGGGAAGGUACUUCGUCGAAGCCUGGACGUAUUCGGCUUGUCUCAACAUUGUCGACAAUUGUCAAGUGUGGAUAGAGGGGGAGGACAUUGAUCGCAAGACGGCGGCGAACUUUGUGGCCGUCAAGGCUGAGUUGCUUGAAUUGGCUCGCAAACAGGUAAGGCCGACGGCCGAUCUCUUUACAUGUGCCGCGGUGCCUAAUUAUCGACAUGGCACCUUUCCCAGCUCGAUAAAAUCGGGAUCGGAGCUAGCCAUCUACCCCCAUCGCAUCCUUUCUCCAUGUCCCUUAACGAACCCACCACCUCCAUUCCUUCAACCUUCAAUUCGCCCGACCUCAACAACCUCAACACUCAUCAACGCCCUCCCGUUACCCGCCAAGACCUUCUCAAUGCGAUCAAGGAUGGGGAAGCGUUCGACAAGUUGUUCAUUGAUUUGACGAACCGGAGCAUUCAGGCCUACUCGCAGAGUGGGAGGAAGCGAUGUUCGUUGAAGUUGCAUGCUAGUCUGGCUGCGUUGGAGAAGUGAGUUUUCCCACAGAUGUUAUCCCCAAAAGCUCUCGUUUGUUCAGAUGCUGAGCUCUCGUAUCUUGACAGCCAUCGCGACCGAGCCGCAUCCGCGCAAAAACUGUUCUCCCACCUCCCAGCGCACUACAUCGAUCUCCGCUGGACCAGGAUCGAAGCCUCCCUCUUAUCCGAAUGCACACGCCUUCAAGGCACGCUCGAUAUGAACAAGGAAGAACUCUUGUCGACGUUGGCCUUGGUUAGGGCUGGGGUCGAGUUUGAGAGUAAGAAGUGGGAUUUGAGAGGGGUGGAAAAGGAAGGGGAGGAUGAGGAGGGUCUGGCCAAGAGGUUGAUGAAGGAUGUUUAUGAGUUGAGUAAGGGGUUGAGUAAAGGUGAGGACGCUUUAUGACUCUUCGUCCUGAGGCCACCUUCCGAAGCGCUAAGCUUUGUGCUAUACGAACAGACUUCGCCGCGAUUGCCUUUCCGACCUUUUCGAUGCGACUCGCCAAUGACCGAGGCACGAUAGCCCAGGAUGAAGACGGGGUGAAUAUUCGUCUGAUCAUCACCAAUCUAUUGCCUUGCGCACUCGACAUCGACGAGGUGCGGUUGAAGUUCGCCAAACCGGAUGGGGAACAAGUGUGGUUUACAGCGGGACAACAUACGCUGGUCGCAGCGGGGCAGACAGAGGUCGAGUUAUUUUGUCCGGUCAGUACGAUCUCUCGAUACUCCAGAAGAGUAGAAGAUCUGAGCUGACACGAUGCAUCUGCGCUUGCCCUUUACCCAGACCGCUGUCGCUGGCCGACUACUCCUCGAGCUUUCGCAGAUCCGCUUCUCCCGUAUCAUCUUCCAAUAUUCGCACCGCCCCGUCUCAUCGCGCAAUCUCGCCCCAGAUCCACGCAACAUGCCCUUAAUAGCCGGAAAACAACCUGUCGCUUUCUUCCCGCGCGAUUACCAAGCCCUUGACGUGACGUGUCGUGUACCCCACGAGAUCCACCUCGACCAAGAACGAACGGCCUUGAUCAGGAUCUCGGUAGGGAGGAACCAAGUCACUCGUAUCUCAUUGAAGAUCACAACGGGGUCCAAGAAGCUCACUUUCGCUUACGAUCGAAGUCGAGUCGUACUCGGACAAGCUCAACUUUCCUUUGCCUCGGGGAUCGAAGAUACCCUCAUCCUCGAUACCAUCCAAAGUGGGGAUAAGGUGAUCGAAGUCGAACUUCCUCUCGUGGGAAGGAUAAAUGAUCCUUCGUUGAAUAUUGGGGUUGUGGCGGAGUAUUUGACGGUCAAGAGACCGGCGACAAGGAGGUUGGUCAAGAGAACGUUACCCUUCAAGAUCGCUUUACCGUUGGCGGUCAAUGUGCAGGAUUUUUUUAGGGAAGACAGGCGAGUUUUACGGCUUCGAAUCCGGUGGUUCGGGUGAGGUCGGAACUGACUGGAUGUUCUCGGGUUUGUUAGGCUGUUGUCAAAGUUCUCGGUCACGACGGACGGCGUCAAUGCUUUGCGCAUCAAGUCGGCGCACCUUGAAGACGUCGAAGGCGUGACAGCCAAACCGUGUAGAAGUGCCAAGGCACCUGUUUUGGUACGUUUCAUGGGAAGGAUUUUCAGUCAUGAAAUGAUAUUGAGACCUUGCUUUCAUUAUGAACCUUAUGAACAGACCAUCCUGCCUUUUCAGACGGCCAACUUCCUGUUCAACAUCACGAAAGAGUCGAGCGGACCGAGCGAAGGUGAGCUCAUACUCUCCUGACCCAUUUGGAAACGGAAAAGGGGCUGACAAAAUAUAAUUCGCCAAUCUGAAGACCCUUUACGUCUAACUUUGGCGUUCUGCACACUCGAAGAAGGUGAGCUAGCUCGGUGCCGCGUUUCUGCGAAUGUGACCAUGUGCUGACUCUUGCUUUUCCCCGUCUGCCAGAUAUCCGAACUCGGGUCGCAGCUGUAGUGGAGGAUCUCAUCUCUACCUCACCUUCCCUGUCGACACUCAAGUCGUGGCUUCUUGAUUCGAUCGGGAGCGAGGUCGUCGCUCUUACCUCCGUCGAAGAAUUCGCCAUCGACCCUGAUUUCCGAUCGCUCGAAUUCGACGAGGUCCUCUGGAAUGCGCGGAUUUCCUCUUUGGCCGUCACGAACGAGGAAGAGGCCAUGUCCGCCGUUCGUCAAAUUUUUGGGGUACUCUCGAAUGCGAACCCAGCAGAAACAAGUUCCAAAGUUGAACCCCCUUGGCGACAAUUGACGAUCCCCGUCGACCUCCCUUCCUUGAACGUCCUCAACUUGGUGCAUUUCACCCCCGACUACCUCAAGACCGAAAUAGGUCAAGCCCUCCCCGUGACACUUUCAAUCCGUCCUACGUUCCAAUGGAGCAACCUCAAAACGAUCCCCACGACUUUGCAUCUCAUGUUCGACCUGACCAUAAACCCAUCCGAUUGGUUCGUCGCGGGGAAGAAGAAGGGCGAAGUUGUGGCUGUUCCUGGAGAACCGACGACGAUUAGACUUUGGCUCGUCCCUGUUCGUGCGGGGGCCUUGUUCUUGCCUUCGGUGGUGAUCACUCCGAUCAAGAACGGUGUAGGCUCACCCGAGGUCGGAGGGGAAGAGCCGUUGGAUCUGGAGUGCAGCUGUGAAUCGCAGAACUUGAAUGCUGCUAGGGUCAGUCGCUCAUACGUCCUCUCAUCGAGUCAGGAUGGAGCCCGACUCUGAACCAGACCCUCUCUCCUCGCUUUCGCAGGUGAUCGAAGUGUUGCCUUUGUCGAGCUCGAGCACGUUCGAAAUUGAGGAUCUGGAACAACAAACGGUGCCGAUCGCCGUCUAG